AAGCGGCUGCGGAGGCGCAGGGGGCGGGGGAGGCUCGGGAGCGGGCGGUGACGGCGGCGGCGCCGAGGAGCCAGCGGCUGGGCCCGGGCCCCGCGCGUCUGUCCGCGCCCCGUGGAUGCGAAUCGGCCGCGGCGGCGGCGGCGGAGGCGGAGUCGGUGGGCCGGCGCCGGGCCGGUGGGAGCGCGGAGGAUGAGGCCGCGGCCGGGCGCUCCCGGCGUGGCAGCAGCCGCCGCGCUGUUGCUGCUGCUGCUGCUGCCGCCCCGGGCCCGGGCGGACGAGCACGAGCACACGUAUCAAGAUAAAGAGGAAGUUGUCUUAUGGAUGAAUACUGUUGGGCCCUACCAUAAUCGCCAAGAGACAUAUAAAUACUUUUCACUUCCAUUCUGUGUGGGGUCAAAAAAAAGUAUCAGUCAUUACCAUGAAACUCUGGGAGAAGCACUUCAAGGAGUUGAAUUGGAAUUUAGUGGUCUGGAUAUUAAAUUCAAAGAUGAUGUGAUGCCAGCCACUUACUGCGAAAUUGACUUAGAUAAAGAAAAGAGAGAUGCAUUUGUGUAUGCUAUCAAAAAUCACUACUGGUACCAGAUGUACAUAGAUGACUUACCAAUAUGGGGUAUUGUUGGUGAAGCAGAUGAAAAUGGAGAAGAUUACUAUCUGUGGACCUACAAAAAACUUGAAAUAGGUUUUAAUGGAAAUCGAAUUGUUGAUGUUAAUCUAACUAGUGAAGGAAAGGUGAAACUAGUUCCCAAUACUAAAAUCCAGAUGUCGUAUUCAGUAAAAUGGAAAAAGUCAGAUGUAAAAUUUGAAGAUCGAUUUGACAAAUAUCUUGAUCCGUCCUUUUUUCAACACAGGAUUCAUUGGUUUUCAAUUUUCAACUCCUUCAUGAUGGUUAUCUUCUUGGUGGGCUUAGUUUCAAUGAUUUUAAUGAGAACUUUAAGAAAGGAUUAUGCCCGAUAUAGUAAAGAAGAAGAAAUGGACGACAUGGAUAGAGACCUAGGAGAUGAGUAUGGCUGGAAGCAGGUGCAUGGAGAUGUAUUUAGACCGUCAAGUCACCCGCUGAUAUUUUCCUCUCUCAUUGGUUCUGGAUGUCAAAUAUUUGCUGUGUCUCUCAUUGUUAUUAUUGUUGCAAUGAUAGAAGAUUUAUAUACAGAGAGGGGAUCGAUGCUCAGUACAGCCAUAUUUGUCUAUGCUGCUACGUCUCCAGUGAAUGGUUAUUUUGGAGGAAGUCUAUAUGCUAGACAAGGAGGAAGGAGAUGGAUAAAGCAGAUGUUUAUUGGGGCAUUCCUUAUCCCUGCUAUGGUGUGUGGCACUGCCUUCUUCAUCAAUUUUAUAGCCAUUUAUUACCAUGCUUCAAGAGCCAUUCCUUUUGGAACAAUGGUGGCCGUUUGUUGCAUCUGUUUUUUUGUCAUUCUUCCUCUAAAUUUAGUUGGUACGAUACUUGGCCGAAAUCUGUCAGGUCAGCCCAACUUUCCUUGUCGUGUCAAUGCUGUGCCUCGUCCCAUACCGGAGAAAAAAUGGUUCAUGGAGCCUGCAGUUAUUGUUUGCCUGGGAGGAAUUUUACCUUUUGGCUCAAUCUUUAUUGAAAUGUAUUUCAUCUUCACCUCUUUCUGGGCAUAUAAGAUCUAUUACGUCUAUGGCUUCAUGAUGCUGGUGCUGGUCAUCCUGUGCAUCGUGACUGUCUGUGUGACCAUCGUGUGCACAUACUUUCUACUAAAUGCAGAGGAUUAUAGGUGGCAAUGGACAAGUUUUCUCUCUGCUGCAUCAACUGCAAUCUAUGUUUACAUGUAUUCCUUUUACUACUAUUUUUUCAAAACAAAGAUGUAUGGCUUAUUUCAGACAUCAUUUUACUUUGGAUAUAUGGCGGUAUUUAGCACAGCCUUGGGGAUAAUGUGUGGAGCAAUUGGUUACAUGGGAACAAGUGCCUUUGUCCGAAAAAUCUAUACUAAUGUGAAAAUUGACUAGAGACCCAAGAAAACCUGGAACUUCGGAUCAACUUCUCUUUCAUAGGGGUGGAACUUGCACAUCAAACAAAGCGCAAGAAGAGAUUUGGGCUUUAACACUGGGUACUUUGUGGGUCUCUCUUUCGUGGAUGACUUAGAGUAACAUCUGUUUCCAUUGAUCCUAGGUUCUUACUGACUGCUUUCUCCAACUGUUCACAGCAAAUGCUUGGAUUUUAUGCAGUAGGCAUUACUACAGUACAUGGCUAAUCUUCCCAAAAACUAGCUCAUUAAAGAUGAAAUAGACCAGCUCUCUUCAGUGAAGAGGACGAAUAGUUUAUUUAAAGCAUUUGUUCUAAUAAAAUAAAUAGAGGGAAACUUGGAUGCUAAAAUUACAUGAAUAGAAAUCUUCCUGGCACUUAGUGUUUCUACGUUAUUGAAAAAUGAUGUUCCAGAAAGAUUACAUUUUUCUCUUAUUUUUACUGCCAUCAUCACCUAUUGUGGGACAUUUUUAUAUAUUGAAUCUGGGUUCUUUUUUGACCUUUUUUUUUUUUUUCAAUUCAACUGCAUCCUUUUUUUAAAAGAGAGAAUUAAAAAAUAUUAAAUCCUGCAUGUAAUAUAUCUGCUGUCAUCUUAGUUGGACCAACUUCCCAUUUAUUUAUCUUAAAACUAUCCAGUUACAUCUUAAUUCCAUCCAAAGAAGAUACAGUCUGAAGAUAGAGGUGUACUCUCUACAAUGCAAUUUACUGUACAGUUAGAAAGCAAAGUGUUAAAUGGAGAAGAUAUUUGUUUUUAUUAAACAUUUUGAGAUUUAGAUAAACUACAUUUUAACUGAAUGUCUAAAGUGAUUAUCUCUCCCCCCCACCAAGUUAGUCUUACAUCUUUUUUGGGUUUGAAUGAAGGUUUUACAUAAGAAAUUAUUAAAAACAAGGGGGGCGGAUAAUAAAUGUAUAUACCAUUAAAUAAUGUAACGUAGGUGUAGAUUCCCAAAUGCAUUUGGAUGUACAGAUUGACUACGGAGUACUUUUUUCUGAUGAUGAUUGGUGUAGAAAUGUGUGAAUUGGGGUGGCUUUUUACACCUUGCCUACCACUGCAUGAAACUCGGGGGUUUCUUCAAAAUGUGUGUGUCAUACUUCUUUUGGGAGGGGGGAUUCUUUUCUUUUGUUUCUUUUCUGAGACUCCUACAGGAGCUAAAUUUGUAAUUUAGAAACAUUUAAUUUUGUUAAUCCUGUGUGGGGCACUUAAGUAACAUCUAGAGCAUUACUGCUUUAGAAUGUUAAAAUAAAAUUUCCUGACCAAA